AGAGAAAUAGAAACUAAUCUCUGAGUGCCGCACUUUCUCUCUCAGUGUGUGAGUGCAUGAAAAUGGCAGAGGCUCGUAUUUUAGAUGAUCACUUUUCAAUAGGUCAGUUCAGCUGUCCAGUGUGUCUGGAUCUCCUGAAGGAUCCAGUGACUACCCCCUGUGGUCACAGUUACUGUAAGGUGUGUAUUAAUGGUUUCUGGGAUGAGGAGGAUGAGAAGGAUGUCUACAGCUGUCCUCAGUGCAGAGACACUUUCACUCCGAGGCCUGUUCUACACAGAAACAACAUGCUGGCCGAAGUUGUGGUGAAACUGAAGAAGACUGAAGUCCAAGCUGCUUCUCCUGCUCACUGUUACGCUGGACCUGGGGAUGUGGAGUGUGAUUUAUGCAUCGGGAAGAAACGCAAAGCCGUCAACUCCUGUCUGAUGUGUCUGGCUUCCUUUUGUGAAACUCAUCUUAAACGUCACCUUGAACUUCCUGCUUUAAAAAAGCACACAUUAAUCGAAGCCUCUUCAAAACUCCAAGAGAAUAUCUGCUCUCAACACGACAAACUGAUCGAGAUCUACUGUCGUACUGACCAAAGGUGUAUUUGUUCUUUGUGCAUGUUGGAGAAUCACAAAGCACACGACGCUGUAUCACUUUCAGCAGAGAGAACUGAGAAACAGAGUGAGUUAAAGAAGGAGCAGAUGAAAUCCCAGCAGAGAAUCCAGGAAAAGCAGAAGAAGGUGCAGGAGCUGAAACAGGCUGUGAACACGAUUAAGUCCCAUGCUCAGACAGCAAUGAAGGACAGUGAGAGGAUCUUUACUGAGAUGAUCAGCUCCUUGAAGAAAAAGCGCUCAAAGGUGACGGAGCUGAUCAGAGCUCAGGAGAAGGCUGAACUGAGUCGAGCUGAACGACUCCUGGAGCAACUGGAGCAGGAGAUCACUGAUCUUCAGAGGAGAGUCACUGAGCUGGAGCAGCUUUCACACACACACGAUGACAUCCACUUCCUCCAGAGUUUCCGGUCCUCUGUGUCUGUACGUGAGGAUUCACCCAGCAUCACUGUCCAUCAACAUCUCUCAUUUGAUGGAGUGAGGAAUUCUCUCUCAGUUCUGAAGAAGCGAUUCAAGGAAUUCUGUGAGGAGGAAUUCAACAAAAUCCCUCCACAUGCUGCAGCAGUUCAGAAGAUUUCACUCUCAAAGUUAAAGAGCAGAGAAGAUUUUCUGAAAUGUUUCUGUUAUCUGACUCUGGAUCCCAACACGGCAAAUCAUUACCUCAUUCUGUUUGAGAAGAACAGAGUGAUGACUUUCGGUGUGAAAAAUCAGCAGUACUCUAAUCAUCCAGAGAGAUUUGACUUCUAUAAGCAGGUGUUAUGUAAGGAGAGUGUGUGUGGACGCUGUUACUGGGAGGUGGAGUGGAGCCGUGAUGUGGACAUCUCAGUCUCAUAUAAAGGCAUCAGGAGGAAAGGAGAGGGUAAUGAGUGUGGGUUUGGACUCAACAAUCAGUCAUGGAGUCUGCGGUGUUCUUCUUCUUCUCUCUCUUUCUAUCACAACAACAUUAAAACUGAUCUCAGAGGUCCAUCAUCCUCCAGAAUAGGAGUGUAUGUGGAUCACAGUGCAGGAAGUCUGUCCUUCUACAGCAUCUCUGACACGAUGAAGCUCCUCCACAGAGUCCACACCACAUUCACUCAACCUCUAUACGCUGGGUUUGGGGUUUGGGGACAUGUGAGUUUGUGUGACCCAAAAUAA